AUGUCGUUUUUCUUGGAUUCCGUGGUGAUGUUUUCCACUCAGAUUUUGUUUUUUCUUGGAGGAUGGGUUUUCUUUAUCAGACGUCUAUACAAAGACUAUGAGGUGCACCAUAUAAUAGUGCAGCUGAUAUUUUCGUUGACAUUUGCCUUGUCAUGUACAAUGUUUGAACUCAUUAUAUUUGAGAUUCUAGGAAUUCUCAAUACAAAUUCUCGCUAUUUUCAUUGGAAGUUGGAUAUAUUUGCUAUGCUAUUUACAGUAAUAUUUGUAUUGCCAUUCUACAUUGCAUACUUUACACUUAGUAAUAUCAGAUUUGUUCAAAAAAACCGCCUGAUUGUGGUACUAACAGUUGCAGCAUGGUUGAUAUUUGUAUAUUUUUUCUGGAAGUUAGGGGACCCGUUCCCCAUUCUCAGUCCUAAGCAUGGUAAAAUAGCCUUGGCUGAACGUGAGAGUUUACAGAGAGCGGCCAAUGCAACACCCAAACAAAGAGGAAUAUGGGGGAUGAUUAAAAAUGUCACUGGUUCUAGUGGCAAAGAAAGUAUAAGUCAAUUACAACAGGAAGUUAAUGCUUAUGAGGAACUCAGUAGACAACUUUUCUUGGAGGUUGUUGACCUACAUAAUACAAAGGAGAGGAUCAUAUAUUCACGUACUUUACAAGGCAAAUAUUUUAAUUUCAUGGGAUAUAUAUUCUCUAUGUAUUGUCUAUGGAAGAUUGUCAUCUCUACUAUUAAUAUAGUAUUUGAUAGAGUUGGUAAAACAGAUCCUGUUACCAGAGGUGUAGAGAUUGCUGUCAAUUACUUUGGCAUUCAGUUUGAUGUUAAAUUCUGGUCUCAGCAAAUUUCAUUUAUCCUUGUUGGUAUCAUUAUAGUGACAUCAAUCAGGGGAUUAUUAAUUAAUUUAACAAAGUUUUUCUAUGCUAUCUCCAGUAGCAAGUCUUCUAGUGUAAUAGUUCUAGCACUUGCACAAAUAAUGGGAAUGUACUUUGUGUCGUCUGUGCUGCUCAUGAGAAUGAAUAUGCCACCAGAAUACCGCGGUAUAAUAACUGAAGUACUCGGCGAUUUACAAUUCAAUUUCUACCAUCGGUGGUUUGAUGUCAUUUUCCUUGUUAGUGCCUUGUCCAGUAUGGGCUUCAUCUAUCUCGCUCAUCAACAAGCUCCAGAAAAAAACAUGAACCCUUAGUAACCAAUGACUGUGUGUGUUUCCAAUCACAUGAUGACAUAGUAGCCAAUCACGUUGUGAACUACAUGUCAUAUGACUACAUUCAUUCAGUCAUGUGACACUGCAAUAUUCAACAACUGUAGUGACAUAAGUAAUAUCAAAAUGAUGCUGCUAUCUUGGUCACAUGACUGAUACUGUCCAAUCAGCUUUUAAUAAAUUUUACUGGUGUCGCAUUGUAUUUUGCUCAGCAUGUCAUCCAUGUUUAUUUAAAUUAUUUGUACAAGCCAAUCAUAAUAGUGGUAUAGGUCACAUGUCUUCAAUCCGAACAGUGUUCGAGGUCAUAUUGCAUGUACAAGCCAAUCAGAAUAGUGAUAAAGGUCACAUGUCUUCAAUCUGAACAGUGUUCGAGGUCAUAUUGCAUGAACAAGCCAAUCAGAAUAGUGAUAUAGGUCACAUGUCUUCAAUCUGAACAGUGUCCGAGGUCAUAUUGCAUGUACAAGCCAAUCAGAAUAGUGAUAUAGGUCACAUGUCUUCAAUCUGAACAGUGUUCGAGGUCAUAUUGCAUGUACAAGCCAAUCAGAAUAGUGAUAUAGGUCACAUGUCUUCAAUCUGAACAGUGUUCAAGGUCAUAUUGCAUGAACAAGCCAAUCAGAAUAGUGCUUGUGAUUGCAUGUCCUGAGUAAGCCAAUCAGAAACAGCUUUUGUGGUCACAUGUUAGCUAUUAACCAAUCAGUUUACAGCUUAGUUUCUCCAGCAUCUGUAAACAAAAAAAUCGUAUUUUAACUUUGACUUGUCAUGACAUUGUGCUAGGUACAAAUUUGUUUGCAUGUCACCUGAAGGACAGCAUGCAAACCACUGCACAGCGCCCUCUGUUGAUGAAUUUAAACAUAAAAACUUGUCGACCAUCAUUUUGCAAAGAAAAAAAAUAAUCUCUUUUUACAAGGCCUGAAGGCCAAAACUUCUAAAAUGAGUUUGUCAAGUUAAACAAACUUCUCUAAAACUCCACUGGUAAACUUUAGACUUUGACAAACAUUAUCUUUUCAUUAUUUCCUUAUUUAUUUAUUGUGAUGUUUUAGUAAGAAAGUUAGAGCUGCAAAACUUUUCUUAUUAACAUAUUUCUGCAUGUUUCUAUGGUUCCUUGUAUAACACAGAUGGUCAUAUUGCAUGUACAAGCCAAUUACAGUCGUGCUUUUAGUUGCAUGUCUUAAGUAAGCCAAUCAGAAACAGUUUUGUGGUCACAUGUUAGCUUUUAACCAAUCAGUCUACAGCUUAGUAUCUCCAGUCAAGUUUAUGUACAGAGGCAAUAAAUGAUGAAGACAAAAGGGUAAACA